GGGAAGUAACUUUUAUAAAAGACAAAAAUGUAGAUCCGCGGAUGCAGAGAUUCAUACACACUUGUUGCUCUUUAUUCGGCAGGAAGUGAAGAACGCGUUAGCUGGACGAGUAUGGUUUCAGCAUGCAUACUUCAAUCUAAACAAACUAAACUUUUUCAGUAUUUGACAUAAUUAGUAUGACUGUAGGCAGCUUUGGAUAUAUUUGCAAUUUAAAGAUGGACUAAUUUUGCGUUUGACGAAGACCAGUAAUACAUCAAGAAGGGUCCAUGCAUCCAGGCAUGGGUGGGCUCUUAUCCACUCUGUCUCCGAUGGGCCCAGUUUAGAAAGGCAACACCCAUUUCUGGAUCAAGGAAGGACUCCUUUACCUAAGGACGUUGAAACAUGCCCUUGCCAUUUGGCUUAAAGCUCAAAAGAACUCGAAGGUACACCGUCUCAAGCAAGAGCUGCCUGGUCACACGCAUUCAGCUGCUCAAUGGCGAAUUUGUUGAGUUUACCCUUUCCGUGGAGAGCACCGGGCAGGAGUGUCUGGAGGCAGUUGCACAGAGACUCGAGUUACGAGAGAUAACUUACUUCAGCCUGUGGUACUUCAACAAGCAGAACCAGCAGCGAUGGAUCGACCUGGAAAAGCCCCUAAAGAAGCAGCUGGACAAGUAUGGCCUGGAGCCCACCGUCUACUUUGGAGUGGUCUUUUAUGUUUCCACCGUGGCCCAACUGCAGCAGGAGAUCACCAGAUAUCAGUAUUACCUCCAGUUGAAGAAAGACGUUCUGGAAGGCAGGAUUCCUUGCUCCAUAGAACAGGCCAUCCGACUGGCUGGUUUGGCUGUGCAAGCUGAUUUUGGUGACUUUGAUCGUUAUGAUUCACAGGAGUUUCUUCAGAAGUUUGUGCUUUUUCCUAUUGGCUGGAUCCAGGAUGAGAGAGUCCUGGAGGAGGCCACUCAGAAAGUGGCUCUGCUUUACCAGAACUAUAGGGGGUUGCCUGCUCCAGAGGCGGAGCUAUUGUACAUGCAGGAAGUGGAGAAGAUGGAGGGGUAUGGCCAGGAGAGUACCCCAGCCAAGGACAGCCAAGGCGCUGAUAUUCUCCUUGGGGCUUGUCUUGAUGGCAUCUUUGUCAAACACAAAAAUGGCAGACCACCCCUCGUGUUCAAGUGGAAUGAAAUUAACAACAUGACUCACAAUAAGUCUUUCUUUGCCUUGGAGCUGGCCAACAAAGAGGAGAGCGUACAGUUCCAGACCGAAGACAUGGAAACCUCCAAAUAUGUGUGCCGGAUGUGUCUGGCCAGGCACAAGUUUUAUAAGAUUAACAACAGUAGCCUAGAGGAGUCUGAAUCUCCUCCACCUUCUGAGGGCUCCCAGAAGUCCAUUCUCACUCUUUCCUUUCCUCGCUUUCCUUUUCUGCCUUCUAACAAGGGCCAAACCCAGUCUCCUACUGUGAACCCAGUGAGACGGCGAUCUUCCACCAGGAUGUCUCUGCCAAAGCCCCCGGCCUACAUGAUGCCCCCACCGCCGAUGCACUACAACGGCCACUUCACGGAGCCUUACACGUCCUCCCAAGACAACCUGUACGUGAACAGCCAGAACGGCUACUACUACCACUCCCAGACCAGCCUGGACCGCUCCCCCCUGGAGUACGUUGGGGGGAGCGGUCGGCUGCGCAACGGCAGCACCAGCUCCCUCACCAACCCCCAGCACUACAUGCAGCCGUCGCCCAUGUCCUCCAACCCGUCCAUCACGGGGAGCGACGUCGUCCGCACAGACUACGUGCCCUCGCACCGCCACAGCGCCCUCAUCCCCCCGUCGUACCGCGCCACCCCGGACUACGAGACGGUCAUGAGGCAGAAGGGCCGCGGCGGCGGGAUAGCGCACGCCCACGAGCACCGACAGAGCCACUCCAUGAGGAACCUGAACAUCGGGAACUCGUACGCCUAUAGCCGGCCCGACCCGCUGGUCUACAGCCAGCCGGAGAUCAGGGGGGAGCACGGGGGAGGGGGCGGGACGCACCACCACUACCCCUUCCACCUCAACUCCAGCUUCCACGGCCCCUCUGCCUACCCCUACCCCACGGAGAGGCGUCUGGUGGUGGGGGCCGUGAGCGUGCCAGAGCUGACCAACGUCCAGCUGCAGCAGGCGCAGGAGUACCCAGCGGCCAACAUCAUGAGGACCCAGGUUUACCGACCACCACCGCCCUACCCGUACGGCGCUCGUCCGCGGCCCGCCAACAGCACGCCGGACCUGUCCCGCCACCUGUAUGUGAGCAGCAGCAACCCGGACCUGAUAAUCACGCGGCGCGUGCACCACUCAGUCCAGACCUUCCAGGAGGACAGCCUGCCCGUUGCCCACUCCCUGCAGGAGGUGUCAGAGCCGCUGUUCCUCGGCGUGCCACCGCAGCGCCCCCCGCACCAGCGGGAUGCGUGCAAACGCAACUCCAUCGAGAUCGCCGGCCUCGCUUACGGCCUGGAGGGCAUGAGGGUCAAGGAGAGGGCAGCGUCCACCUCGGCCGGCGACACCCCACUCUCGGCACCUCGCGGUUCCUCCUCAGGCUCCCAGCUGAACGUCUUCUUGGAGCGGACCAAGUCAGAGGACAGGGGGGAGGGGAAGGAGGACGUGCGUUACGGCCACAAGAAGUCCCUGUCGGACGCCACCAUGCUGGUGCACAGCAGCGAGGAGGAGGAGUUUGAGGAUGAGAGUGGGCGCCACACUCCCCGGUCCCACGAUGCGCUAUUGUCCGGGCCUGACCCGCAGCAGCUUUUAGCCAGUCCGGGCCAGAUUCCCCUGGAGCCCCCACCUGCGUAUCCCAUCGGCUCCUCCCAUGAACUUGUCAUCUCUGGCCUCCCGGGCUAUCAGGCACACCAGAUCAUCCAGGAGGCGGAGCCUCAUUACUCAGUGGGCGGUCAGCCUGGCAGGAUGGGGCCCUCGGUUUCAGACAGUGACAUGAGUGGGCAGACCAAAGCAAAGGCUAAGAAGGACAUAAUCAAGAAGAGGCCUGUGUCAGACGUUCCUGCUGGGAAGAAACCCAUUGAUGGCCUGCCUCCUGUCGGCAUGAAGAAGCGGGUUGAGGUGAAGAAGAUGGGUCCCCUGAAGGUGGCUGCCCUCAAUGGCCUGACCCUGUCCAGGUUGCCCCUACACGAGGGGGGCAAAGACGAACCUGAGAAGGCCUCCAACGAUGAGAGGGUAAAUGUACCUGUAUACCUGUCAUCCCAGUGUAAGGUGUUGGAGCAGCGGAUGGAGAAAGGAAUGGUGUUCACAGAGUACGAGCUCAUCCCCAAGCGGCGCCCGGCUGGCGACUGUAGCAUCGCCCAGCUGCCCGAAAGUGGAGAGAGGAACCGCUUUCAGGAUGUGCUACCGUACGAUGACACACGUGUGGAGCUAGUGCCCACUAAGGAGAACAACACGGGUUAUAUCAACGCCUCCCACAUCAGGAUCACGGUGGGAGGAGAGGAGUGGAACUACAUCGCCUCCCAGGGUCCUCUUUCCAACACCUGUCAGGACUUCUGGCAAAUGGUGUGGGAGCAGGGCGUGGCCAUCAUCGCCAUGGUUACAGCCGAGGAGGAGGGCGGCAGGGAGAAGAGCUUCCGCUACUGGCCACGACUGGGCUCCCGCCACAACACAGUGACAUAUGGACGCUUCAAGAUCACCACGCGCUUCAGGACGGACUCCGGUUGCUACGCCACUACGGGCCUGAAGAUCAAACACCUCCUGACGGGGCAGGAGCGCACCGUCUGGCACCUGCAGUACACUGACUGGCCGGACCACGGCUGUCCAGAGGACUUCAAGGGCUUCCUCUCGUACUUGGAGGAGAUCCAGUCCGUGAGAAGACAUACCAACAGCACCAGUGACCCGAAGAACACCAACCUACCCGUGCUGGUCCACUGUAGUGCCGGAGUGGGCCGCACAGGGGUGGUCAUCCUCUCUGAGAUCAUGAUUGCCUGUCUUGAGCACAACGAGAUGCUGGACGUCCCGACCGUUCUGAACAUGCUCCGGCAGCAGCGCAUGAUGAUGGUGCAGACCAUCUCCCAGUACACGUUCAUCUACAAAGUCCUCAUCCAGUUCCUGCGCAACUCCAGGCUCAUCUAAGUGCAAACUUCAACCCUCUUAGACUGCAGUGCCGUGGGGGUGUGGCCUUUAGCUCUAUUUAACGGGUGUGGCUUUUAGCUCUAUAAAGGGUGUGGCCUUUAGCUCUAUAACAGCGACGCUAGCGGUUGCCCCCCUUUUCAAAGUAUUAUCGGAGGCGACACUGCGGCUGAAUCUGGCAGAAAAGAAGCGGCGUCGCCAUCUGAGGAAAGAAUGACGUCUUUGUGUCCCCCUCUUGAACAGUAUUAUUGAGGUAUCACUGUGGGCUUUUUACACUACAUGAUUACAGACAUGAAACCCAGCACUUUUACAGUACACUACCAUACUGUAUAUAGCAAAAUAAUGCUGAAGCUGCAGUUAAAAUCUGUAUCCGAUUAUUGUAUAUCAUUAUCAGCGCAGAUCUAUUUUUAUCGCAGAUUUGAGUUUUUACAAUGUGUUUGCUGAAUGAUGGCCUUUUGUGAAGGACUUGACUAAUGUUUGGAUUAAAAACUCCUGAAGGA